UCACCAGCUACGUGGUGAGCAAGAGGGAGUUUUUGUCUGUGUCUUGCAUUCCCAUUCGUCGGCUGGCGAAGGCAAUGAUGAAACAGCGAGGAAUUCCAUUCGGAGCUUAGCUGUGUAGCGAAGCGAAUCGCUUCCAUUAGGGAUUUUCAUCCAUUCGUAAACUCAAUAUAUUCACUUUAAUGCUGAAAAUUAACGAAACAACUGAAAUCAAGAGGCUUUGCCUCGCCACCGAGCAUAGUCAUAUCGCAGCCAAUGCCAUGCUGCUGACAAAGAUAGAUGAACUCAAUUCACGAGUCCUGUCGCAGAGCGCGGAAAUCGAAAACUUGACAAGGGCGGUUAAGACACUCACGGAAUUCGUUAAGCAGUCGAUGAAAACGACCAAGCCGAAGGCGAAGGGAAAUCCGGACGAUGAUUUUCCAAUUCUGUGUGAGAAAGAUCUGGUCGAAGUGGAUCACAAGAUAAGCCAGGACUCCAGGGGGAUCUAUACGAAUUCCAUACGGAAAUUCCUGCGCCAGGGAAGAUUAAGUCGAACCAUAAGACUCAUUUUCUCCGAAGACAUCCUCCUGAACUACAAUAUCGAUGGGAAUCAGAAGAAGAAAAGACUUAAAGAUCACGAACAUCUGUUUCGUUCGCUUAUGAACGCCAUCGGUCAGGUGGAACCGACGCUACCCUCGGAAAAAGUCUUAUCCAAAGCCAUGAGAUGCGUAAAGAAUUGCGCAGCUAAAAAGAAGGGCAAGGUAGAUGAAGACCCCUUGUCCUUUUUGAACGUGGAUAUGAACGGCGUACAGAAAUCAUAACUAUGCCCAUGUGAGAUGACAUAGUAGAAACAAGGAUAAAUUUAAUUAUAAGUAAUGAUUUACGGGCGAAUCAACCCGAGUUGAGGAUGAAUACCCAAAUAGUGGUUGAUGAAUCAUCAUAACUUUGUUGAGAAGUUUUCACUUCAGGAAGAAGAGCGAGAGCACAACAAAAGACGAAAGGAAAACAUCGAUUUCUCACUAUGCUAUCGAUGUUUCAGGUCUUCAAGGUUGCCUAGUUGUCUUUAUAUGAUUACUAAAUGCCACAUUUUUUUUAUAUAAUAUAAUUAUUAAAUGCCUAGUGAUAUUACCAUUAUCACUCUUGUGAAA